AUGGCAAACAAUCAAACAACUAGCCGAAUAACCCGUAGUGCUAGAGGAGAGGCUAUCAAAGAGGGAACGGUCAUCAUCGCCCCCCCUUCAUCAACCACGACCGUUCCACCCGCUGCUCCGGCGGAUGAUCUGGAAGGUACUGAUGAUCCCAACAAUGAUCAGUUGGAUGGUGAAACGAUUGAAGAGGAACGACGUGACGCGAUAGCCAGGUCCAUGGAUAGCUACACAGGGGAGGAUGAAGUGGAAGGUGAUGAGGUAGAAGAUCAAGAGUCUCAAGAAGAAGAUUCGGAGGAUGACACGUACAAUGCAGAACACGACUAUGGGAGUCCAGACUCUUCAUCUUCGGGGGACUCUUCGGAUUCAUCCGAUUCCGAGUCCAGCGCGAGGGCGGAAGAUUCUUCUGAGGAAGAUUCAUUGUCAUCUGAUUCUUCGAAUGAUUCGAGCGACUCAGAUGAUUCAGAAUUGACAGUCAAGGAGAAAAAGAAGCGUUCCAACAUGUCAAUCAAAGCGAUCGAUAAAGUGAUUGCGAAAGCUCUUAAAGCGAAGGAAAAAGCUAAGGCCCUUUUAGCAAAAGAGAAAGCCCCUUCUAGAGAUAGGAAAGCGGUGACUAAACACGGGAAACAAGUGUCGUCUUCAAAAACCAAGUCUUCAGCUAGCAGGAAGAGCAUCAAGAAAGAAAACGGCAUUCGUUUUCAAGAAGGAGCACCUUGCAAAUCUUCCCUUCCUACUCUCCAACCUUAUUGGGGAGAGGCCAUGAAGAACUUGUCAGAUAACGUUCCCCUUACCGUUCUGAACCCAACGUUUGUACAGAAAGACAAAGUCAAAAGUAGAAAGAACCAACCCGCCACGUCUUCGUCUAAGAAUACUCGUAACCGAGGUCUUACUCCCCCAUCCGAAUACGCGAUGACUUUCGGUGAAUGGGUGGACGGUAUAACCUUGUUGAGAAAGUACCUGAAGAAGGUAUAUCACUUCUCGAUCUUAUCCGAUCAGUUAAGAGGUCACGUGAAGCAUGUCAAAGACAUCAAGGGUAAGGGCGUCCCGGUCCCGGAUGCUAGUAUCUAUGUAGAAAGCAUUGAGAGGGCGGCGAAAGAGAAGGCAACUCGACAUGGUGAACUCAGCUCAGGGAAUGAGAAUCCAUACGCUAAAGGAGCUCGAUUCGAGCAUCGUGAUCCUAUCACGGGGGUUUGGGAAGAGUCGACAACUACCCUGUCCAAGAAGAGGAAACGCUCUUUAACCCGACCGAACUUGUCCUCAAAUCAUAGAAGAGCAACUCGCUUACCUAGAGCUCCUCGUCUCCCAGACAUCAUCGAGAUGCUCCCACCCUUACGAAGGGAUCAAGCAUCAGAAGUCCGUCAACCUAGUAAUAGAGGAACAGUGCGUAGAGGUAGAGGUGGAGCGUCUAAUGGUAGAGGAAGAACUCGCCAACACGCCCUCACCCCCUGUAGCACAUGGUCUUAUCUACCACCUUACUGUCCUUACCGCUCAUCCAGUAACAUGUCAGAGUCCUGUGAAAGUGUUGUAUGA